AUGGCACCAGGAAGAAAACCGAAGGUCUCAAGUAGGACCACCGCCAACCAGGUGGCCGGGAAAGUUGCCAACAUUGCACAGAAAAGUCCCGAAUCUGUGGCUCUUCCGACGGAAGUGCAGCAGAUGGUUCUCGAUACGUUCCGCCGUGCCUUUCACCCUGAUGGCGGCUACGAUGUCAAGGCAGCCAUUCAACAGGUCAAAGGUCACCUGUUUCUGCGCGACUUUGCAGCCGCCUUUGCCAAGCAAGAAUAUCUCGAGGCAUAUGCGUUGAGGUGGAGUGCCAGCCGUGCCCUUGGGUAUAGCGAUAUCUUCCUUCACGGCGACCUGCAGGAGGUAUGGCUCGGUGGGGCCACGUCCAACACGACCUCCCAUGAACCAUCUACACCCAGCGCUACUACGGUCGCUUGCAUUGGAGGGGGUGGAGGCGCGGAGGUGGCUGCAUGUGCGGUUGCGGCACGGUUAUAUUCACUAUCCAAAGUGGUAGUCCACGCCAUCGAUAUUGCAGACUGGUCCAGUUGUCUGACGCAGCUAGAAAACGCCAUGUCUACUCCACCCCAACUGUCGGCCUACGCGAGUGAGCGAGCGAAGGUGGCGAAUAAGCCCUUGAUCAUGCUUGAUCAUUUCGAAGUUCGGUUCUCUCAGCGCGACAUACUCUCAGUGGACGAGAAAGCACUCCGUGAUAUGCUUGGUGGCGUUGGUAUAUGCACCAUGAUGUUCACCUUGAACGAACUAUUCACCACGUCGAUUUCCAGGACGACUAGAUUCCUGCUGGCGCUUACCGAUGUGAUGCAGGUGGGCUCAUGGCUCCUCGUCGUCGACAGCCCCGGAAGUUAUUCGGAAGUCAAGUUAGGCCAGGGACAGGACACAAGGACGAAACAAUACCCAAUGAAAUGGCUCCUUGAUCAUACUCUUUUAGAGGCAGCUGGGGGAGAGAACAGUAAGUGGAAGAAAUACGUGUCGGAUGAUUCAAGGUGGUUCCGAUUGAGCCCGUCUUUGAAGUAUCCCAUAGAGCUGGAGAACAUGAGAUACCAGAUCCAUUUGUACCAACGGAUAGCAGAGGUAUCAUGA